UUCGAAAUACUUGCAAAUGGAAAUGUCGGACUCUUCGCCAUUAUCUAGGUCUGGAACUUCGUCUGCUUGCUGGUCGCCAGGAUCUUCCUGGUCUCCAUCUACGUCCUUGGCAUCGUGCUCGCCCAUGCAGAAUGUUAACCCUGCAGAAGAACUUCUUGAAAAGGCGUCCGCUCUUCCAGCCAUUUUGGAGAAUGGGCGCAAAGUAUUUGGGCCGCCAUUAGAUUAUGCUGGUCUACGUCCUUCCUACAUAUGUGAGCUGUAUGUUGCGAAUUUGCCCAAGUCACUAGAUGAAGUGCACUUUCUAGCCUGGCUGUAUCGUUGCGGGGAAGUAUAUGAAAUGCGAUUGAUGAUGGAGUCGUUCAGUUUGUCGCGUGGCUAUGCAUUUGUACGCUAUACCCAGGAGAUUGAAGCCCUGGCCGCAUACGAAUUAUUGAAAUUUGUAUUCGUUGACGGUGAACGACUGAGCGUCUACCGCUCACAAGGUAAAAAUCGUCUUUAUGUGAGUAACAUUCCUAAGCAGCUGCCAUUGUCAUCCUUGGAAGCUGGCUUCAAGAACGCUUUUCACGACAUGGAACGCUGCACGGCACAUGCGUCAUCAGCCACAGAUUCAAUAAGGGGCGAUCUGAAUCGUGGAUUUGCUUUUAUCGAAUUUUACGAUCAUGAAACAGCGUUACAGGCGAAAAAACGUACAACGCCAGGACGCAUGCGCAUGUGGGGUAAUGAUUUGAAGGUUCAGUGGGCGAAGCCCAAGUCACUUCAGUUUAAUAGCAGCUCUAAUGAAAUUACGAAACCACGUUCCUUGGGACACCGAGCGAGUUUACCGAAUGACUACAAUGCCAAAUUGCGCCUGUACUGCUUGGCUAAUAAUUGGUGCAUACCGGUGGUGGUUUAUGGUCGCUGCUUUCGUGAAAGAGGCAUUCAGUAUGGGGGCGUAAGUACAAAAUAA